GAAAAGGGAGAGAGUCCCAAAGUCCUGGGGUCUGUGGCCCUGUCCCUGAGAAUUGAAUUGCUGCUCCUCUCUUUUGUGGGGGCGGGGGGGUGCGGGUCUGAGACCAAGGACACGGGGCAGAGGCUGCACGGCUGCCCCUGAUAGCAGGAGCUGUGGAGAGAGGCAUCUUCACCUGGCCAGGGGAUCCCGCGUGGGACUGGGUGAAUGCUCUGCUCCAAGACUCUGUGCCAGUUCACAUGGGCUGAAAUCCUGGAAAACCAAACCUGGGCCUGCAGGCACUGAACGUGGUACUGGCUGCAUUUGCAGUCACCCCAACAGUAGUGGGGUCUUCGUAGAAAAAGGCUGGAAGUGGAGUUUUGAAAGUCAGCACCUGGGCGGCCCCCACCCUGGGGGGAGCAGUCCCCACACGGGUGGAAGGGCAGGGAUUCCUACACACCCCCCCACCUCACCUCACUUCCUUGCUCCUGUGAACAGCAGGGGGCAGAGAGCAUGGAGGGGGACAUGAGGGCAGUUGUGAGUUUUCAUCAUACAAAUUCUGGGGUGUGUUUGCAGAUCCUCAGCCAAGGACCUGCUCCCUGGAUGGUGGGCUGACCCUGACCUGCUUAGCACCCUGGGGAGCACCAGGGAAACCCAGAACCCUGUGGGCUAGACCACUGAGUAUCCUCCAUCUGUGGGGCAGAGAGCCCUUUGUCAGAACUGACCCCAGACCCCUGCCCCCCAACCCUCCUUGGGACCCUGGCUUUGCCACCUGAGUGUGUCUCUCUUUUCACCUGGACAGAGAGCCCUUGGCCCCCUCAUCCCUGCCCCACACCUGCACUUCCUGGGCCUUUGCUGCCAACCCCCUGGAAGGGGGUCAGCCUAGUGACUCCGGGUGCCCAGACCUCUGUCCAGGGCCAGUGGGUUGGGCCACAGGGCUGGCGUGCACAGGGGGCAGGGCUGGUCCCAUGGGUGGCAGUGGCCCCUCCUCCACCCCUUACUCAUUAGCCAGGCUGUACACCCCUUACUCAUUAGCCAGGCUGUACAGUUGCCCUGGCCGGCUGGGUGAGGCUGGCCAAGAAGGUGCUCAGGCGUGCAGGGUGGCUGGGUGGCCUGGGCUUGGAAUGGACAGCCCCCAGGACAUGGUCCCCCAAGGCCGAAGGAGCCGCUGCCCUGCCCUCCGCAGGCUGGUCCCCGUUGGCUUUGGAGCUGAGGCACGGACGCUCUUCGUCCUUUCUGGACCCCUGUUCCUCUUCCAGAUGCUGAACUUCAUGGUCUACGUCGUGAGCACGGUGUUCUGCGGACACCUGGGCACGGUGGAGCUGGCAGCAGUGACCCUCUCGGUGGCAUUUGUCAACGUCUGUGGAGUUUCCAUCGGGUUUGGCUUGUCCUCGGCCUGUGACACCUUGAUGUCCCAGAGCUUCGGAAGCCCCAACAAGAAGCACGUGGGUGUCAUCCUGCAGCGGGGCAUGCUGGUGCUGCUGCUCUGCUGUCUGCCCUGCUGGGCGCUCUUCCUCAACACCCAGCUCAUCCUGCUGUUAUGCAGGCAGGACCCGGCCGUGUCCAGGCUGGCCCAGGAGUAUGUGCAGGUCUACAUCCCAGGCCUGCCGGCAAACUUUCUCUACAGCCUGCAGGCCAAGUACUUACAGAAUCAGGGCAUCGUUUGGCCCCAAGUCUUCAGCGGCAUCGUGGGCAACUGUGUCAAUGGCCUGGCCAACUAUAUCCUGGUUUCUGUGCUGGGCCAGGGGGUCAGGGGCUCCGCAUUCGCCAACACCAUCUCCCAGUUCUCGCAGGCUGUCUUCCUCCUGUUCUACAUCGUGCUGAAGAAGCUGCAUCUGGAGACAUGGGCAGGCUGGUCCUGGGAGUGCCUGCAGGACUGGGGCCCCUUCUUCCGCUUGGCCAUCCCCAGCAUGCUGAUGCUGUGCAUCGAGUGGUGGGCCUACGAGAUCGGGAGCUUCCUCGUGGGCCUGCUCAGCGUGCUCGACCUCUCUGCCCAAGCGGUCAUCUACGAGGUGGCCACUGUCGUCUACAUGAUCCCCAUGGGGCUCAGCAUCGCGGUCUGUGUUCGAGUGGGGACAGCCCUGGGAGCCGCAGACACCGUGCAAGCCAAGCGAUCAGCCAUCUCAGGCACCCUCUGCACAGUCGGAACCUCGCUGGUUGUAGGCAUCCUGUUGAGCCUCCUGAGAAACAAGCUGGGCCACAUCUUCACCAAUGAUGAGGAAGUCGUUGCCCUGGUCAACAAGGUCCUGCCGCUGUACAUCUUCUUCCAGCUGUUUGAGGCCCUCUGUUGUCUCUACGCUGGGGUCCUGCGUGGAACCGGCAGGCAGGCCUUUGGGGCCGUGGUGAAUGCCGUCAUGUACUACGCCAUCGGCCUCCCGCUGGGUGUCGUGCUGACCUUCCUGGUCGGGAUGGGGAUCAUGGGCCUCUGGCUGGGCAUGCUGGUCUGUGUCAUGCUGGCCACUGCUGCCUUCGUCACUUAUACGGCCCGGAUGGACUGGAAGCGGGCUGCAGAGGAGGCGCAGAAACACGCAGGACUGCCGCCAUUGGGGAGCACUGACAGCAUGGCCCUCGGACCCAGGCCCGGGCCUGAGAAAGCGGUCGUGUCUUCAGUGGCCACAGGCAGCUCCCCUGGCGUGAUCCUGACGACCUACUCGAGGUCCGGGGGCCACCCAGACCUCCUCAGGACUCCAGAAGCAGUCCACGCCCUACCCACCCCUGCCGGCCGGCUGUCAGCCAAGCAGCUGGCUCUCCACCGGGGGGCUGCUCUGGGGGUGGCAGUGGGCUCGUUGAUAGUGGGGCUCAUCCUGAGGGUCCUCACCACCACAGCUUGAGAUGAAAAGGAAGCUGAGAGCAGCUGCCCACCCCAAAUUCAGUGCAGGGGGACGCCCCUGACCGCUCCUCAAGAACAUUCACAGGACUUCCCUGGUGAUCCAGUGGUUGAGAUCCUGUCCACUGAGUGGGUUUCCCCCUCCUCCCCCCGCAACCCCACCCCCACCAACCCCCACCAGUUGGGGAGUUGGGAUCUCACGUGCUGCGCAGUGUGGCCAGAAAAUAAACAUAUUUUCAGCUGGUGCUGCAUGUCACACGGCGGGUCUGAGUGGCGGUUAAAUUGCCUCCUCUCACCUGGACUGCUCUUGAUAAGUGCUCAGCCGACCAGAAGAUGAGAUUCCUGGGGUUGGUCCUGUUAUUCAAUAAAUGGCUUUGGGUUGGAGAUUUCAAAUCAAGACGAAAUAGAAAACGCCACUGUCACAUUAAAAAGUAGGCAGAGUCUGCCACCUAGGUCUGUUCACAAAGCCUUUGUGAAGCUCUGGAAGGGGGCGGUCAGUGGGCCCCGCACACGCGGUCCACCUUGCUGAGACCCGUCUGCUUCCUGCUCUGGAGCCUCCUGCAGGUCCAGGAAGCUGGUUACCUUUCCCUCAGUCCUCUCAGGGCAUCAGCAUUUUCACUUGAGAAAUGCCUUUCUCAUAGUAGCUACAGGAUAUAACUAAGGGCAGUCAGUAAAGAGUCUGCUUACAAUGCAGGAGGCCUGGGUUCGAUCCCUGAGUUGGAAAGAUCCCCCGGAGAAGGAAAUGGCAACCCACUCCAGUAUUCUUGU